AUGGUUUCCGUUGGCAGCACUGUCCCCGCCCCUCCUAAGUCUCUCUGGGAGAAAUCUGACGGCAAUACUGUUUCUUUCCCUACCUCCGGAAAGUACAUCAUUCUUGGUGUUCCCGGAGCUUUCACUCCUCCCUGUUCUUCCCAGAUCCCUGGAUACCUCUCCAAUUACAAUAGGUUUGUUGCAAAGGGUGUUAGCGACAUCUACGUUGUUGCUGUGAACGACAUUUUCGUUGUCAACGCUUGGAAGGAGAAGCUUGGAAAGAACUCUAACGUCCAUUUCGUCGCUGACUGCACCGGUGAGUUCAUCAAGUCUCUCGGACUUGACUUUGACGCCACUGGUCUUCUUGGGAACAGCCGUUCCAAGCGCUUCGCUGCCGUCGUUGAGGACGGAAAGGUUAAGAACCUUUAUGUUGAGGAUGAAGCCCCGGAAAUCACUGUCACCGCCGCGGACAAGGUUCUUGCCAGCUUGUAG